UUACAGAGGUAUGCCUAAUUAGUAUUUUUAUUUGGUAUAGUUUUUCUGGAAUUUCUAACAAUAAACACAAUUCAAAUAACCUUCCCGGUUUAUGUUCUUAGAGUGUAUUUAUGGCGAACUGAAAACAUAAAAUUAUAUACAGAAAUUGUUUUAAUUACAUAUUUAAUUAAAGACGACGUGAAUAAAGUACCUAUCUGUUGAACAUUGCUUCUGAAUAGAGAAAGGAACCAAUAUGAAUUGCUUGGGUUCGUGUCAGAGCUAUGAAUUGAAUCCUGCAGAAUCAAAUGCCUCGCCUUACUACCCACCUCAAUUACCUUACAACCCUGAUUUCAUCGAGGAACAAGAUCAGUAUGACCAGUUUACUGAUCCUGCUUACUUAUGGAGCUCCUGCGACACAGAAUAUUACACUGGAAAUACUUUCGAAAACUAUGACGAGUGGGGGCGAGCCCGCCGUUCCCUGUAUGAAGGCGUCAACUGUAUGCCGGUGAGUGCGCCAGCUUGUGUGCAUCGCGCCGCACGCUACCUACAUCAAUUACGAAUUACUGUCGUGUGUUGUGUGGAUAUAAACAAAACUCUGUACAUAUUCUAUCAUUAUGUUGUGAAAUUAACAAUCUAUGCGUUUAUUACUGACGUAAUAGAGAGUGGCUGUGUUUACAUAAUUAAACUUUAAUUACUGUUUUACCUAAUAAAACCUGAAUCAAAGCGGGAAGGGUGUACAGAAUGCAUCUUGCGUAUACACCGCGAUCUAUUUCCGGGCGCGGGCGUCGGCCCUAUUCGUGCGAGUCUCGUUCAUUUUGAACUAAAACAUGCGAGAGCUCGGCCGCGGGGGCUCACUAGUGGCUGCCACCAUCGCAGCAUUACACAAUCGAACCGUAGUCGAGGAAAAGCCUCGGCCGGUCAAAUCACGAUCGACCUCUGCGGAGAUAAGAAAUGUUGCACGGUCCAUAAGAGAAGAAAAUUUUGGCGAAAAUCGUGCUCGGAGGGCGUCUGGCGGCAGCGAGCGUCCUUUGUCCACCGCGUCCGAAGCCUCAGAGCGGGACUCCGCUUCCGUGCAGUCCAGCGAAGAGCCGCCCCCACAGGAGAGCGGAGAUUCAGACAGCCCUGAUGAGGCGACAGUGAAGUGUACUACAUGGCCUGAAGGCGCUGUGCCCGCGGCGCGAACUGAAUCAUCGGAAUCUGAGUCCAGUUCAUCUAGUGGAGAUGAUUCUGAUGAACAAGGAUACGAGCCCCAUGACGGUGAUGCCGAAUACCGAACCUUAACGCCUAGCAGGCGUUUGGACAAUUCCACUAGGCGUGAUGAUGAUUUUAUGUGGAUGCCAACGGGAAACAUGGUGGACGAAGGAGAAGAACAAAUCUCAGAAACUAGAGGAGAUAAUUUUUCAGCAGCAAGUUUGGAAAGACGACGACGACCUCCCACCGAUCGUGUAGAUCGUGAUCGCAAAUCAAGGUCGUCCUUAACAUCCAAACCUCCACAACACCCAUCAAGCGUACGCGCAUCUCCCAAGCCCCGUCGUUCUCGCAACGAGGAUACUCCACCUGAUUUACAAAGGCGAUGGAAUUCGUACGAACAUUUCCGAUGGCCACCGGAGGGUGGGUGGUGGCCUCCUAUGUGCUGGUGUCACGGACCUCCAGUGCCUCCGCCGUGUUACAUGCACGAUCGUGCUUGGCCCUCGAAUCCAUCAUUACCCCCAAUGCCUACUCGCAAUUACAAGAACGAUGCAGAAGACCGCGUACGUCGCCUCGAGGCGGACAAAGAAAGCUUGCAUCUCCAGGUGCAGGUGUUGUCCGAACAAAUUGCUGCGCAGUCCGAAAAGAUGUCGGACCUCGAGCGUGCCUUGCAGGACGCCAGACAGAGACUCGAUGACUCCGAACAAAGGCUGCAGAAGGAAAUGCUCCAACGUUCGUCACUCGAGACGCAGAAGUUGGAGCUUCUAUCCAAGCUGAGCGAGGUGCGACUGCGGGCCGCGGAGCGAGGCAUAUUGGAGCGGUCACCGCCACCGCCAGAGGUGGUCAAUGCUAUGCCCGUUGCAAGACCAGCGCCACCUAGGACGCCGCCCGCGAACUACGGUCGGCAGAUCGAGCGCAACACGCACAUGUACUCGUCGCUGCCGCGCUCGUCCGUGCUGUCGGCGGAGGCGCGCGCGGCGCUCGGUAAACACGACGCGGGCGCGGCGCGCGGCCGCGGACACUCCGUGCCCAACCUAGCGGAGAAGGAGGAGCCCAGCGGUCGCGGCAGUCCCGGCGUGACCCCCGCCAGCGCCGCGCUGCGCGUGAGACUGGAGGGCGGCGAGCCCAGGCAGGUGCGGGCCACUACACCCAGGCCCAGGGGACAGCCUAUGGCGUGGGAAACGAUAGACGUCCGCGAGUGGGACUGCGAGACCAGCGUGGGCUGGCUGGAGAGCCUGGGGCUGGAGGUGUACGCGGGCGCGGCGCGAGCCUGGCUCGGGGCCGCGCCCGACGCGCGCGGGGUCCUGGCCGCCGCCUCGCACGCCGCCAUCGAGAAGGAGCUCGCCAUCAAACAUCCGCUGCACAAGAAGAAGAUUCUGCUGGGACUUACUGAUUUGCUUGGCGGGCACGGCGACCCGCUGCUGGCGCUGGCGGGGCGCCUGGACACGGCGUGGGCGCUGCGCUGGCUGGAGGACGUGGGCGCGGCGGGCGCGCGGGCCGCCGCCGCCGACGCCGCGCUGGACGGGCGCCUGCUGCACCGCCUCACGCACGCCGACCUGCACGCGCAUCUCCGGGUCGCGCACGCGCUGCACGCGCUCUCCAUACGCAGAGGCAUCCAGGUGCUCCGCGACAACAAGUUCUCCCCGGACACGAUGAUCCGGCGCGCGCUGGAGGGCGAGGCGGCGGGCGGCGGGCUGGGCGCGGAGGCGGCGGCGGCGCCCGUGUCGGCCGCGCGGCUGGCGCGCUGGUCCGCGCACCGCGUCAUGCAGUGGCUCAAGGAGAUCGACCUGGCCGAGUACGCGCCCAACCUGCGCGGCGCCGGUGUUCACGGUGGUCUGAUGUUACUGGAGCCGCGGUUCACAGCAGAGCUUUUGGCAGCGCUACUAAACAUUCCAGCUAACAAGACCUUGUUGCGGCGGCAUCUCACGCAGAGAUUUAACGACCUUCUCGGCAGAGAAGUUAUACAGCAAAAACGUAACGCCGAACAGACGCUCGGUUAUCAACCACUUACUGCUACUACCAAAUAUAAGGUACCAAAGAAAAGCCAGUUCUCGUUGAAACGCAAGAAGAGCAAGGACGACCUUGACCUUGGCGACCUCGUGUGCCCGCUACACGAUGACUGCUCAGGUGACAUAACAAACUCGCCAACGAUGAAAGUAAAAUCAGCAGCAGCGGACGUCGCGUCGGGUGUCUCUCCCCUGCGUGACGAGGCGCGCGCGCAGUAACACCUUGGACAAUAUACAUAACUGAAAGGAGGCGCUAGUACUGACGUUAUUGACUAACUAUACGUAUAAACGACAUAAACUUCAAUGUUACAAUUUGGUCUAUUGAAUUCGAGUGUCAUUCAAAGCAAUUUAAUCUUUAGCAGUUAACAAUUAAAACAAUUGUUUGUUCCCUACAAAGCAAAUUGAUCUUACAAAACGUCAUCCACAGUCGUGAUUAACAUAGUGCCCUAUGCCACUCAGCCAUCUGUGUCAACGUUCUAAAUAGAAAUAUCUCCAUACUAAAAGUCUGUAAAGAUACAACAGUUUCCCAAUAGCGUAUUGCUCCUAGUGCCUCCUGUAACUAUCCCUUGUGUUCUAAGUAAAUCAUAUACGAAACGGUUGAACAAAGUAUCAUGUAAUGUAUUCAUAUUCAUCGUUUUAUGAACGAGAAAAUACUUGUUAAGAUUGUGGCGAGAUAGUGUUUAUUAAUGUUGAAUGGAUUGCCUCUAAAACUAAUAUAUCGAUUUCAAUGUUGUUAAAAACAUUUUAGUUAAGGAAUGGUGAAAAUAUUAAUGCAUUUUCUCAAAUGAAGUACAGAAGACAAUAGGGUGUUUAGAAUCUUUGAAAUUUUAACAAAUUUGAGAUCAUCAUAAAGUAUAUUUUCCGUUGUAUGGUUCACGUUUUAAAUGUUAGUAAAUAAUUUUAUCGAGGUAUUAAGUCUUAUUUUGAGAGUGUGUUGGUGCUAAAUUCUAUAUUUUGGCGUUUCAGCCCUAAAAGUUAUAUUUUAAGACUUAAACCUCGAAAUAGUGUCCAAGGUAUUAAUUUAAAAAGUAAAAAUAUGAUGUAGUUUUUUAAAAGAAUAAUAAUAACUAAUAUUGAAUGCAACUGCCAAAACUUGAGAAUGAGGAAAAUUAUUUGUGACUUGUUUUGUUAAUGGUUGUCGUUUAUUUAUUAACAGAUUUCCAACUUCAGCUAUUUUUAUUGUAAAUUAAUACUUAAGUUUCUAAUUAUUAAGCUAUCAAGCUGUUGAUGGCACAAGCAAAAAAUAAAAACAAAAUCAAUGUACUAAAAUCAUUCGCUAUUUAAUCUAAAAUUAUUUUCAUCAAUAAUGUUUUUUUGUAACUUGAAACUUUUACACAUGUGACAACCAGAAAGAAAAUAGAGAUUGUUAGUUCAACAUUUAAUUAAGAAAAUAUUUAUUGUAACUUUAUUUUUUUAGUUUAGUUAAUAUUGAAAGUCUUGCGUGUAAGUGCUGGUUGAGUAAAUGUUAUUAAAUAUACAAAUAAAACAAGCAAUAGACAUUCCAUAAUGUUUUACCAAAAAAUCAUUUUCGAUUUAAAGAGAAACGCAUUCAACUAACACUUCAUAUAAAGUAAUAUACAGUUGUUACAAUUUUUACCGUACUUAGCUCUUUUACAAGUAUUUAAGUAGCUUAUUAGGAAUCGACUGAAAGGCGACAAUAUUAAUCUGGUCUCUUCUCCAU